CCCGCACACACCCCCGCCACGCCUUUUGUCUUCGCUAUUUUUUACGCUUGAGGAGGAACUCUUGGAUUUACUAACAUGAUCCUGGCCAACGCCUUCUGCAUCAUCCUCUUCAUAGCCGAGCUCCCGUGCGGCCGCGCGGGCCCCUCGGCGGCACCGGGCGCGGAGCCGCCGGGCUGGCGGGCGCCCGUGGACUGCGUGCGAGCCAACGAGCUGUGCGCCGCCGAGGCCGCGUGCAGCGCCCGCUACCGCACGCUGCGGCAGUGCCUGGCCGGCCGCGACAGGAACACCAUGCUGGCCAACAAGGAGUGCCAGGCGGCCCUCGAGGUGCUGCAGGGGAGCCCGCUGUAYGAGUGCCGCUGCAAGCGCGGCAUGAAGAAGGAGCUGCAGUGCCUGCAGAUCUACUGGAGCAUCCACCUGGGGCUGGCUGAAGGAGAGGAAUUUUACGAAGCUUCCCCCUAUGAGCCGGUCGUCUCCCGUCUCUCUGAUAUAUUCAGGCUUGCUUCCAUUUUCUCAGGAACAGACCCCGCCGGCGCCUCCAAAAGCAACCAGUGCCUGGACGCAGCCAAGGCGUGCAACCUCAACGACAACUGCAAGCGCCUGCGCUCYGGCUACAUCUCCACGUGCAGCCGGGAGCUGCCGGCGGCCGAGCGCUGCAGCCGCCGCAAGUGCCACAAGGCGCUGCGGCAGUUCUUCGACCGCGUGCCCGGCGAGUACACCUACCGCCUGCUCUUCUGCUCCUGCCGGGACGCGGCGUGCGCCGAGCGCCGCCGCCAGACCAUCGUGCCCGCCUGCUCCUACGAGGACAAGGAGCAGCCCAACUGCUUGGAGCUGCGUGGCGCGUGCCGGGCCGACCCCCUGUGCCGGUCGCGGCUGGCCGACUUCCAUGCCAACUGCCAAGCGGCGCUGCAGGCUCCCGGCGGCUGCCCCGGGAACAACUUCCAGGCCUGCCUGGGCUCCUACGUGGGGCUCAUCGGCUUCGACGUGACGCCCAACUACGUGGACGCGAGCCCUGGCGGCACCGUCGUCUCGCCCUGGUGCUCCUGCAAGGGCAGCGGCAACCGGGAGGAGGAGUGCGAAACCUUCCUGCGCGACUUCACUGCCAACCCCUGCCUCCGAAACGCCAUCCAGGCCUUCGGCAACGGCACCGACGGGGCGCCCGCGGUGAAGGGCCCCUUGGCGCCCGCCACGGCGCUGCCGCCCAAGCUGGAGCGGAGCCCGGCGCUGCCCGACGCCGCCAACGACAGCAACGCGAUGUACGACACCAGCCUCAUCACCACCUGCACCUCAAUCCAGGAGCACGGAGCCAAGCCUAACGGGUCCGGCGAGCCGAGCCUGUGCUACGCGGAGAGCCAGCUGCCCACGGACCUGGCGCCGGAGCAGAAGAGCUUCGCGGAGCGCUCGGCGAGCGGCGGGCGCCCGGCGCCGGGCUGGCUGCUGCCCGCGGCGCCCUGGCUGCUGGCGAGGCUGCGCUAG